GUUUAAGUUAAUUUGCAAUUCCGACUUCACUAGGAUAAAUUUUAAAAGGCGCACGUGGCGUACUGUAACCUUUGGUUGGUACUGAUUGAAAAAAAAAGAUGUCAAUGCCAUCUGCACAAGUUAUGGGAAAAUAUACAGCCGAGCCUAAAAUGCGACCAUCAGCGAUUGGGCAUUUCUUCUCGAGGAUCGGUUCAAUAAGACAGCGCAGCAAAAGCCCACGAGAUCCAGCAAAACCCCAGAUGUACUUGUCGGAUGAUGCCGUUGCUCCCUGUCCUAUUCAGCCUGGUUCUCCCACUUCUCCCAUAAAAAAUGGGGCAAGUGUUAAGAAUAGCGAAUUGAAUGCCGAGAAUGAAUUGCACAUUUCGUCACCACCGAAGGCAAAACGACAUUCAUCACCGUUUUUUCGCAUCAUUCAUCGAUUGUCAAUGAGCCGCAAAACUCGUGAAACAUCUUCCGUCGAUCGAAACGCCCAUGAUUAUUCCCAACCUGGCCGGAAUGAGCUCAAUGGCAGCCACGAUACUGUUUUCUCAACUUCAACUCUCUCAACAGCCUACAAUUCUGGAGACGUACUCUCCAGGCCAACCGUAUCAGAAAAUGAUCUGCGUCUUAUAACCCUUCGAAAAGACCAAGAAAUGGAAAGGAGUGUAACUGCACUGUCUAUGAAUACAAGCGGUAUUCACCCAGAAGAUAACUUUGAUGUGAUCAAUCGUGUACCAUCGUAUCUUCGUAUCAGCUGUGCUCUGAAUGGUUAUCGCCGUCCGUAUCGUCAUAUCGACGAAUUUUGUCGACGGCAGAAUGCUACGCCUGGGAAAUUACCGAUGAGUAUUGUUGAGACACGUAAAUUAGCUUUCAGUCAAAAUGAUAGCAAUGAUAGCCGAAAGAGCGUAGCAUCAAAAGAAAUAACGAGUCGAAAUAUUUCACAAAUGGGAGAUGACAUGUCGAGGACGUCAGCACCGGUACGGCAACUAGUUGAGCAUUUUGGUCAUCUGCUUGAAAACAAUUCGAGUGGAGAGAUGGAAGAUAUGGGAGGAGCAGAGGAUUCACUUCAUGAUGAUGAUAAUGUGAUGGUAUCGGAUGAAGCGCAUACAGCGAAACCUCUAAAUCAUCCUGCGUCACCACGAAAUUCUCUCGCUUUUUCCGAUCAGUUGUAUGAUCCGGCAUAUUGGCAUAGCAGCCCAAAGCCAUCUAUUGCGCAGCGAAUGCAUCAAGCCCUAUUGAAAACAUCCAUGGAAAACGAACCGCACAUUGGUAAUCAGUCGGAGAUAAGCGUUGAAAAUGGACAAUUAACCAACGAACAAAUAGCGGAAACAGUUAAGAACGAAAAUGGCAUUAAUUUCGUUUUACCUGAUGGAGAAGCAUAUCGCAAUCUGUUGAUGGAAGCCCGGACGAGCUUGCAACUGCUUUGUGACCAAGCUAAAAAUGAUCUUUUAAAUGAAGAAGAUAUACCGGAGCAUGCUGCAGGAACGCUUAGAACUGCAGUUGGGAAAGCAAAUCUUCUGUUAGACAAAAAAAUGGCGAAGUUCGAAGAUCUGGUGAAGAAUCAUCUGGAUCAAAAUUCAAAUGUACAGCAGGUAAAGCUGAGCGACCUUUCCGGUUACUGGGCGCUGAUCAGUAUUGAGUUGAAAGAACUGGAGACUAACUUCCGUGAAAUCAGUUUUCUUCGUGAAAAUCACUGGAUGCUACCGGAAUCAGAACUCUCUUCACUAAGCACUGUCGGUGAAAAUCGUGGCGCCGGUAUAAAGAAAGUGCAAUCCCAUUUACCAGUGAUAAAUAGUGGAAAAGUAGCGUUUGAAGUUCAACGCCGACAAAUAGCUUUGGCCGCGGCGAAACGACGUCAGAAGAAGUUGAAGAAAGCCGAAGAAGAGCAGCAUGUUGAGCAUGACGAUGAUGGUAAUGCACAUAUGGCUAUCUGA